UCCAGUAAUGGGAACCCACCAGAGAGUUGUCCCCCUCCUCUGUAUUCCCGGGAUUCUACACAGGAAGAUCACACUAUCCUUCACCAUGACCAAGGUGUAAAACUGGGAAACAUCAAAGUUGAGGAUGUAGAGGAACAAGAAGAGGAGGAGGAAGAAGAGGAGAUAGGGGAUGAAGAACUGAACUACAUCAAAGUUGAGGUUAAAGAGGAAGAAGAAGAGAUGUUAGUGAGUAGAGAUCAACAAUCAAUGGAGGAAGGGGAGACGAUUCAACAGUCUAUGGAGGAGGAGAAGACGUCAAAAGAAGAGGAAUCUUCUCUACAUAUAGACACAAGUGGACGCUAUGUGGGGAAUAUCUCAGAAGGGCAUUUUAUAUUACCUGUAAAUUGUAAGUCAGAAGAAAAUGUUACUGAGAAUAUUCAUCCCAGACCUUACUAUUUGGAGACAUCCAUGGAUCCCUCUUAUCCUGAGAAAUCUUCUCCUCCAUCACAUACUAUGAAUACAGACAUCAGUCUCCGCUCUUCCAGUGCAGACACAUCGACAGAUCCAUCUAAUCUCAGGGAAUCUUCCUCGAGCUACGAUGAGCUUCAAACAGCCGAUAAACCAUUCUCCUGUCUGGGGUGUGGGGAAUCUUUUAAGACGAAAUCUGAACUUCAUGUACAUCUCAGAUCUCACACCAGCGUGGCCUUUCCAUGUUCAGAGUGCGGAAAAACUUUCGCUAAAAAAAAAGAGAACUUUAUAGGCACCAGAAAACUCACGAGAAUGAUGAUAAUUAUUCAUGUUCAGAGUGCGGGAAAUGUUUCACGGUGAGAAAAAAAUUUAUGGCACAUCAGAGAAUUCACACGGCUAAACGCCCUCAUUCGUGUUCAGAGUGCGGGAAAUGUUUCACAGAGAAAAGUAGACUUUUAACACAUCAGAGAAGUCACACAGGUGAGCGUCCUUAUCCAUGUCCAGAGUGCGGGAAAUGUUUCACCAAGAAAGCCAUACUUCUGUCACACCUAAGACUUCACACGGGCGAGCGUCCUUUUUCAUGCUCAGAGUGCGGGAAAGGUUUUAACCAGAAAGGAAGCCUUAUUGCGCACCAAGGGAGUCACAAAGGCGAGUGGCCUUUCUCUUGUUCAGAGUGCGGGAAACGCUUCACGUGGAAAGAAAGUCUUCAAAGACACCUGAGAAGUCACAUGAGUGAAAGUCUUUUUACGUGUUCGGAGUGCGGGAAAAGUUUUACGGAGAAUGCAAAGCUUCGUAGGCACCAGAGAACGCACACAGGCGAGCGUCCUUAUUCGUGUACAGAGUGUGAAAAAAGUUUCACUCGCAAAGAACUGCUUACUGAACACCAGAGAAGCCACACGGGGGAGCGCCCUUUCUCUUGUUCAGAGUGCGGGAAAUCUUUUUCACUUAAAGGAAAUCUAAUUAGACAUCAGAGUACACAUACAUAGCUGCUGAGGCAUGUACCAUGGCGGUCAACUGUUUAGUGUAUAUAACAACUGUUCUAUUCUCUUCAAAAACUGAACUAUAGGGGUGUGUUCCCACAAAAGUCAUAUUUCAGUUACGGGCGAAGUUUGUUGGGUUCACUUAUUGACUACAGAGAAAAACAUUCUUCUGUCACAUCUAAAUACUAACACCAGUGAGCAUCGUUAUUCAAGAUCAGAGUGCGGGAAAUGUUUCACUCAGAAAAGAAGCCUUAUUCCACAUCAGAGAAGUCACUAAGGUGAAUGGCCUUUCUCUUGUUUAGAGUGCGGGAAAUGUUUCACUCGGAAAGGAAGUCUUAU